GUGGUUGGAGGGCGGGGCCAGGAUUCGGGGGCGGGGCCUGGGGCGGGGCCGCGCGUGCGGAGCUGAUGACGCGGACCCGGUGAAGCGGCGGCUGAGAGAGACGGUUGGAAACGGAGUGGGUGAUACUUCCUAUCAGCUGUUCUGAUACUGGACUGCCACCCAGGAAGCCGCAGAUUUUUCUCAGGACGUCUACCGACCCUACGUUGACUGAUCUCCAAACAUGGGGAACCUCUUAAAACCUUUAAAGGAAUUGUUCGGCAAGAAAGAGAUGAGGAUUCUCAUGGUGGGUUUGGACGCAGCUGGGAAAACCACCAUCCUCUACAAGUUGAAGCUGGGAGAAAUUGUUACUACUAUCCCCACCAUAGGUUUUAACGUCGAGACUGUGGAAUAUAGAAACAUCAGCUUCACGGUGUGGGAUGUGGGCGGGCAGGAUAAAAUCCGCCCUCUGUGGCGUCACUACUUUCAGAACACGCAAGGUUUGAUCUUCGUGGUCGACAGCAAUGAUCGGGAGCGAGUGAACGAGGCUCGGGAUGAGCUGGCGCGGAUGUUGGCGGAGGACGAGUUGCGAGAUGCCGUUCUCCUCGUCUUUGCCAACAAGCAGGAUCUCCCAAAUGCCAUGAACGCAGCCGAAAUCACAGAUAAACUGGGCUUACACUCCCUCCGCAACCGAAACUGGUACAUCCAGGCCACGUGCGCCACGAGCGGCGACGGGCUCAACGAAGGCCUGGAAUGGUUAGCCAACCAGUUGAAAAAGAAGUAAUCUCAGCGGCUCCCACAAACCGCCCCCCUUUUCCCCUUUUUCCCCCUCUCUUCCCCUCUCCCCACCCCCCCCUCCCAUUGCUGUUUCAAUGGAUCGUAUUCCGAAGGCCUCCAGAUGAGAUGACUCCUUCUGUCUCAUUUAAACAUUCAGCCCAACCGACUCUUACUUUCCUUAGGCCGUUGUGUUUUCUGGUUUAAUUCUAAUUUAAAUCCGAGAUUGCGAGCAAUAGCGGUUUUAUUUUUUGUGGGGGUGUGGGGUGGGGGGGGGGGUGGGGCGGCUUUUUAUUUGUGGGCCGCUGUUGGUAAUAAUGCGGGAAACUCGGGAAGAGGGAGGAAAACAAAAGGCUGCCUCGGACUCGCGUCGAACGAUAUAAAGAACAAAAAAAAAAGCGCAUGCAUCAAAAGAUCUGAAUUAAUCUCGGAGAGAGAAACGAAACGAAACGACAAAUGUGUUUUAUUCACAUUCCAAUAAGUGGAACUUUUUACUUUUUUUAUGUUUUAAAUUGCACUUUGCGGUCAUUCCUGUUUAAUGAUGCUGAUGUAAACUCUAACAAUUGUUCCCCCAACCCCCUCUCCCCCCUCCCA